AUGGAAAAAUCAGUUCUUGAACAAAUUUUAAAAGUUGUCGAAACAGUUUACGGUACAUAUACGAAAGGAAAUUGGAUACCAAAACCAUAUGCUGAUAAUAAAAGUCGUUAUUUAUGGACAGAUGCAUAUGGUGUUUGUAAUUUUUUAACAUUAUAUCGUGAAACAAAUGAUAUAAAAUAUCUUGAACAAGCUGAUGCACUUAUUAAUAAUGUACAUGAUGUACUUGGACGUGAACGAAAUGGUAAAAAACGUUUAGGAAAAGCAACAGAUGAAUAUCCAACUCUUGGUGGAUUACGUAUCGGAAAAGUUGAAGAUGAAGGAUCAUAUGAUGGUGAUGGACAAUAUUUUCAUUAUUUAACAAAAUGGGCAUUUGCAUUAAGUCGAAUGGCAAAAAUAAAAAAUGAUCAACGUUAUAUACGAUGGGCAAUUGAUUUGAUAAAAGCAAUACAUCCACGUUUUAUUUAUCGUGAUCGUAAUAAUCAACUUCAUAUGUACUGGAAAAUGAAUAUUGAUUUAACAUAUCCAGCUGUACCAUCAGAAGGAAAUCUUGAUCCAUAUGAUGGUUAUAUAACUUAUCGAUUAGUUGAUGAGUUAGCUCAAGAACGAGAAUUAGAAAAAGAAAUCGAUGAUAUGAAAUCAAUGGUCGAUAUUAAAUAUUCACGUUAUCGUUCAUCAGAUCCACUUGAUUUAGGUGAAGCAUUAUGGAUUACACAUUGGUAUCCUGAUGAACAAUGGGCAAAAACAAUAACAUCAAAAUCAUUACAAGCACUUGAAGAAUUAUGGCAACAUGGAGAUUUUCGAGAAUCAUUAAAUCGACGAUUAGCAUUUAGAGAAUUUGGUACAACUAUUGGUGUACAAGUUAAUGAUAAAGCUGGAGACAUAUGGAAAGAUAGAAUAAAUGAAAUACAUAAUCUUUGGUUACCACAUCUUUAUAAACGAGACAAAGAUAUAUCACCAGUUAUGUUUUGUACUAGUCUUCGACCAGGUGUUGUUAGUCGUCAUUAUUUACCGUAA